AGUGCUGGGAUUACAGGCCUGAGCUCCUCGGCCUUUGUUUGUUUUUUACAUGCGGGGCAAUACACCUGGAGUGUCGAUGACUUGCUCCAAGCCACACGGCCGCAUAAAGACAGGGCUACAUAAGUUCUUCGAAGCUGUGAUCGAAUCAAGGACAACCUGGGACGCAGCUACUUGAUGCACAUCGAGUGUGUCGACGCUCUACUUACGAGGACUGGGACAGUCAGCAGGAUCAAUCCAUUGCUUUUGCCUGCCUGCGGAGUGCUGAUUGGUUCCCGCUUAGGAAACAGGAAAAGAGGCGGGUACGCGCGCGCGGCUGCGCGGGAAGCAGUUUCCUUCCCUGAGACCAUGGCGUCGCUCAAUUGUAGCAGCGUUGUGUGCGUGAUUUGCUUGGAGAAGCCCAAAUACCGCUGCCCGGCUUGCCGCGUGCCCUACUGCUCGGUGGCUUGCUUCCGGAAGCACAAAGAACAGUGCAACCCUGAAACUCGUCGUGUUGGAAAAAAAAUAAGAUCAACUCCUCCUACCAAAAUUAUAAAGACUGUGGAAAACAAAGAUGAUGAUGACUGUGUAGCUGAUUUUCUCAAUAGUGAUGAGGAAGAAGACAGAGUUUCUUUGCAGAAUUUAAAGAAUUUAGGGGAAUCUGCAACAUUAAGGAGCUUACUGCUUAAUCCACACCUCAGGCAGUUGAUGGUCAGUCUCGAUCAGGGGGAAGACAAAGCAAAGCUCAUGAGAGCCUGCAUGCAAGAACCCUUGUUUGUGGAGUUUGCAGACUGCUGUUUAAGAAUUGUGGAACCAUCGAAGAAUGAGGAUUCUUAACAUGGACUACUGUGCUGCUUGCUUAAGCUCAUGUUGGACUCCCAGAACCUGCCUACCUGCCCUCUCUGCAGGAGACCAGCUCGUCUGGGGGGCCCCAGGCAAAAGAAGUUUCCAGGAUGCUGGCUGAUGUAGGCUAUACAGGCCUUUACAGGCAUGGAUGUGGGCUUAUGUUUCAGGCAGAUGUGGGGUCCUUAAGGUGGCAAAUCCUUUAUGGAGAGAAAACUUGACAUUCAGAUGGUUGUUCUUAAAUGUUUUACUUUUCGUACCAUUGACAGACAUCAUAAAUGGUAUUAAGCUUUACGCUUGAUAUGGAGCUAAAUUUGAACAGUGUUACUAAAUAAAAUCAAGAUGUGAUUUUAUUGUACACUGGGUUCAUAAUUUGAAAUUACAUUAAAUAAAUUAACAACUUAUUAAAUAC